UAGCAAAUAUCCCCCAAACAAAAAGUAUAUAUAUAUUUUUUUGACGAAAAUACCUUUUUUUCAUAUGACUAAUCAUUUUGGAUCCUAAUAAAAGAAAACAUCUACACUGGUACAAUGCAUGACUGCUCACUUCAAAACACUGGACCGCUAGUUCAAAACGCCGGACGAUGAUAAGUAAUUGGUCCGAGAGGAUGUUCAGCCACAUUGGGACUGAGACACGGCCCAGACUCUUAUGGGAGGCAGCAGUGGGGAAUUUUUCGCAGUGGGCGAAAGCCUGACGGAGUAAUGCCGCAUGGAGAUAGAAGGCCCACGGGUCUUGAACUUCUAUUCUCGGAGAAGAAGCAAUGACGGUAUCCAAGGAAUAAGCAUCGGCUAACUCUGUGCCAACAGCCACGGUGUUCAUUUCGGAAGUGGUUAAAUGGAAGUACCAGUGGGCUUCCUUUCUACCCUAUGGAGCUUCCUCUCAUUUUUGCCCUUCUUCUUUUUACUCUUACUCCUCGGCCUCAUUAAAGCUGCUAUUUUUGGACCCCUGGUGGUGAUUGUCAUUCUUCUUGGAAAUUCAGCAGUUAUAUUGGGCCUAUGGCCAGCACAUUGCAUAUGGACAUAUUACUCCAUUAUAAGAACUAAGAGGUUUGGUUUGACUCUGAAGAUUUUUAUUCUGCUCUCUCUACUGGUACCUUUGGUUUUGUGGCCAAUAUUUGGGAUUAUUGGAAGUCUUCUUGUGGGAAUAGGCUAUGGAAUAUUUGCUCCUCUCUCGGCAACUUUUGAGGCCAUAGGGGAAGAGAAAUUCAGUGAAAAGCUCUAUCAUUGCUUUGUGGACGGUUGCUGGAGUUCAAUAGAAGGAAGUUUCACUGUGGUGCGAGACUUCACUGAUUUUUGCUUCCACUCUUACUUCUCAUACAUGGAUGAACUACGCGAAAAGAUGCACGAUGAUGAACAGCCCACGGAUAUCAAGCUAUUGGAGUUGCCAAGUUGUUUGCUGGUUAGCCUUCUAUCUGUCGUCGUUGAUGUUCCGAUGAUAACACUCGUGGCACUGUCGAAAAGCCCAUACAUGCUCUUUAAGGGAUGGAAAAGACUAUUAGAAGAUUUGAUUGGAAGGGAAGGGCCUUUCUUGGAGACAGUUUGUGUACCUUUUGCUGGUCUUGCCAUUAUUCUGUGGCCAUUGGCAGUUACAUUAGCAGUAGUCAGUGCGUUUCUUUCGAGCUUCUUUCUAGGCCUCUAUGGUGGAGUUAUUGUCCAUCAGGAAAGCUCACUACAAUUGGGACUGGCAUAUAUUGUAGCAAUUGUCGCCGUCUUUGAUGAGUAUACCAAUGAUUUAUUGUUCUUGAGGGAAGGGUCCUGCCUCCCAAGGCCCAAGUAUCGUAAACAUACAAACCCUUCUUCUGGGCCACUAGAAAGAAAUACUUCUAUUGAGAUGCAAAUGAAUGAACUCAAGAAUGGUAAAGUUGGACCUGGUAAAAAAUUGGUUUCAGAACGAUCAAGAACGCUGAAGAAGGUUAUCCAAGAGCUUAGGCCUAUGCAAGUAUGGGACUGGCUCUUUGAGUCUGGUGGGCUUAAUGGGGGGAUGCUUCUCCAAGAAGGCUUGAUUACUGUUGAAGACAUUGAGGAAUGCGUUCGGGGUGGGAGCUGUAGAAAAUUGAGCAUCAGAUUGCCAGCUUAUUGCAUACUACAAUGUCUUGUUCGAUCGGCGAAAUCUGAUUCAUACGGCUUACUUCUCAAUGAUGAAGUAGAGUUGACAAGCUACAACUCACCAAAGGACAAAGUUUAUGAAUGGUUUCUUGGUCCAUUGCUGGUCAUGAAGGAGCAAAUCAAAGGACUCCAGCUAAAUGAGAAUGAAAUAGCCUGCCUGAAUAAGCUGAUUAUAAGUUACAAAAAUGAGAGGGUUGAAGAUUGGGAAAACUCUGGUUUCCCUUCUGAGGACAAGGUCAGGAUAGCUCAAUUGCAAGCCCUACUUAGAAGACUGCAGGGAAUUGUAGCCUCAAUGUCAAGAAUUCCCACAUUCCGGCGUAGGUUUCAGAACUUGGUGAAAGCACUCUAUCAAGAAGCAACAACAAAUAGAGAAAAUAAUUCAACAGAUAACGGUUCCAUGUCGUCAAACCGUGGAGCCAUGCGCGGCAAGCGCAAGAUGAAUGGAUCCUAUGAAAAGACCAGAGGAAACCAGGCAUUGGAAAACAAGGUGAAUAGGAAUUCUGUAGAGUUAGAUUCUAUUGUGUGACUCCGUGGAAGUAUUGUAAAUGUGAAAUAUGUAGAUAAUUUUCACCAUCUGUCAUACCAGCAUGGAAAGUGAAUUUUCCAUAAUUCAGUAUUGUAAAAAUGAAACUGCGAAAAUAUGUUGUAAAACAAAUCUUAUUUUUUCUACCAAAACUUGUAACCUCACUACACCCACUUGUAAAUGUCGCGGAUGCUUGAGCUACUUGU